UCUCUCUCUCUGUCAGGUGGGUGGGCGGGACCUGACCCACCUUAGCAAACGAGAUGCCCUGCGCAUCUUGGCCACGUACGAGCAGCCAAUCACGCUGCAGAUCCGGGGAGGCCACUGGGGGGAAUGUCAGCAGGACUGUGGCACGCAGACGGAGCACUGGGAGCUCCGCCCCCCCGGAGCUCAGCUCCUCCCCCCCGGAGCCCAGCUCCUCCCCCUGCCGCUCAGGAGUCUGGGAGGAACCGUGCCCCGAGCCAGCGCUGCCUACCAGGACAGACCCUGCUGCACCCACAUGAGCCUGCCCAGAGACCACAGAGACAGAUACGACUUCCUUCCCAGAGUCCCCCACCACAUCCAAGAUAUGGAGCCUGUCGGUUACCAGGACCCAGAGCUGUCGAACCGUGUGCCCAAAGGACAAAGUUGUCUGAUUGGCUGCUGCAACGCCAACCUGGAGGAACCCAGCAGUUUCCACAGCCAGACGGAGGAUGAGGAUCUGAUGCUCGACAAGGCCCUGGGCUACCUGCCCCUGCACCACGAGCUGGACAGCGGCCUGGGCUGGACCGACGGCAGCCUCCACCAGGGGGAGCUCUCAGGGCUGGACACGGAGGAGGGGGGGCUGGAGGAGGGCCUGCGGGGGGGUGCGCCGGGGCCCCGGGGCGGGGGCUCGUCCGAGUCCUUCAUCUCCUCGGAGCUGAGCGACUCUGGCUUCUACAGCGUGAGCACCGGAGAGUUCCGCCGCUUCCAGAGGAUGCUGGAGACACGCAUGCGGCUGUACAACGCCCGCCUGCACGCCCCGGAGCCCUGCGACAGAAGAGAGCGUAGGGACAGCUGCCAGAAGAACCACAGAGAGCUGCUGGAGGCCAUCCCUGAGACCCUGACUCACCAGCCCCAGCCCCAGCCCCAGCUCCAGUUCCAGUGUGCCCCCCUGGGGAUGGGAGGCCUCACAGCCUUGGGGCCCCCUCCACCUCGCGGACUCUUCAGGGUAUCUUCAGUCCAGUUCCGCAAGGCCGAGCGUCCGUGUCUGAACAGACACAGCUCCAGCAGCGGCUCCCUCUUCACCCCGUCUCUGGCCCCCCUGGCCCUCCCGGGAGCCCCUGGCCCCGUCCUCUCCACUUGCAGUACCCCCUCCGGCCACCGGAGGCCCUCCGUGCCCACGGUGCAGCAUGCCGGCUCCGUGUCGAUGGGUGCGCUGAGGAGGAGCCGGACCCUCCACCACCGGCCGCCACCCCAGGAAUACCGGCGACGCGCCAGCCACCCAGCCUCUCCCUCCUACGCCACGCUGCACCACUGCGGAGGGGUGGCAGCGCCACCUAGAGGCCUAGAGAUGGGCCUGUUAGAGCAGCCAGGCCUCCAGCCCCCAGCCGGCCUGGCCCUUUCCCCCCAGCUGCAUGCCCCCGUGCUGGGGGAGCACCGGGGAGCACCGGGGGUGCCCCUGCCCUGCGGUCCCUGCUACAACAACAACGCUAACCAGCUGGCACACAGCCGGCGGGUGCAGCACGAGAGGAGCUUUCUGAUGGAGCUGCCUGCCAGGGAACGAGAGCGAGAAUGGGAACGAGAACGAGAGAGGGAACGAGAAGGACAGCGGGAGCGUGAGAGGGAGAAGGAGCGGGAGAGAGACGCUCGCUUCCGUUCCCUGGGCCCUAACCCUACCCACCCUCCCCAGCAAGGAGACAUCCACGAGACGUGGCCCAAGCCGGCAAGCCGCCAGUCCCAGGGCUCUGGGGGCGGCAGGGGCCUCUACAGCACCCUGGAGGGCCACGUGGGCACCGGGACCGGGCCACUCGGCGCUCCUGCCUCCAGGAGCGGUCCCCAGAGCCAGAGCCUCAACACCGCUCCCACCCCACGCCUCUCCAGGAACCAGAUGCUGAGGGAGCGGGCCCUGCGGCUGGCGGACGAGCGCAGCGGAAUGAGCACGGACGAGGAGAGCCACGGGGACAUGCUCCGGGGCCGCUACUGGAGCCGCACAGAGAGGAGGGAGCACCUCCUAUUGGCCCGCGAGCAGCGACAUCAGCAGCAGCAAGCCCGCGGGGGUGGGGCUGGAAAAGAGGGCGGGGUCGGCAUGAGGGGCGGGGCUACACGAGAGGGCCUUGUCUCCGAGGCGGUGGAGGGCGGGACCCAGGAGGGAGGUGGGGAAAGGGGCGGAGCUUUGGGAGAUGGGCGGAGCAACACAGUCCUGGAGCUCAGCCACAGGAAGUUGAGUCGCAUGCGGAACAGGAAGGUGCUCGAUGAUUGGACGACGGUGGAGGAGCUGCUGACUCAUGGAACAAGGAUGGGGAGUGGAGAGAUCCUCUGUCCCGGCUCGCUGCUCACUGUUACCACUGUGUGA